AUGAGGAACAGGGCAAGCAACACCUUGUCCAAGGGUAAAAUCCGUCAAUCAUGGAGCAAGUACAAUCUGUAUAACUUGCAGCGAUUCCGCAGCCCUCCUACUGCCUCUCGCACUUUUUUCCAGCAGAAAUGGACCGCGAAGGCCCUUGCCCGCGCCUAUCAUGGUGAACAGGUCCGGGAGGGCCAGUGGAAACGUAUGUUUUCCCGCCGCAUCCGCAGUGUCGUCCCUAUGAAUACCCUCGACCUGGCAAAAGACGAUGGAUCUGAAACCUCUGCUGGCCGGGGAUCUGGUUUGAAAACUGCAGAGGACCCAUCCCCGUCUCGCCGAGUCCCCUACACAAACAUGGCAUUCGCUCCCCUGGAGCGUCGCCUGGACGUUGCUAUCUUCCGGGCAUUAUUUGCCAGUAGUGCUCGCCAGGCCCGACAAUUCGUUAUUCACGGGGCGGUUACAGUUAACGGCCAGAAGAUGCGACACCCCAGCUACCUUCUCAACCCUGGCGAUCUUUUCCAAGUUGACCCCGAACGUGUCAUGUUUGCGACAGGGGCCCCGAAGACCAGGUUCGAGCGUCGCGAGACCCGUCAAUUGAAACAAAAGGAUCAGAAGGAGGAUAACGACGAGGCCGAGGCCGAGCCGGAGCAGGAGGCUAAAGAGGCUAAAGAGGAGUCCAUCGAGAAGAAAGACGAGAAUGUGAAGGACACCCUGAAGGCUUUGAUCAGUCAAGCCAAGACUAUUAUGUCAAAAGACAAGUCGGUGCUCCCAGCCAAACGGAAGCAAGAGCUGCGUGGGUUCCAGAAGCGUGUACGCGCGGUGCUGUCUCGCUCUGCGACCAGUACGGUCUUGACGGACAGCCUCGAGGCUCAAUUCUCAGAGUUGACUUUGGCUCUGAAGGCCAAGCGCGCUGAGCCAGCUCCAAAGGAAGGAAAGAAGUCCACCAAGGAGCAACCUUCUGAGCAAGAAGCUGCCGCGGCAUCACAAACCGAAAAUACCGGAGACAAGCUCUCAGAAGCUUUCCAGAAAGCGGUCGAGGGCGAGGAAGUCGACACCAGCGAGUUGUCGGACGAGGAGUUCGACGUCCUGCGUCGUGCUCUUACGCAAAUGCGCGACAACCCCAUCGAUCACUCCAAGCCCUAUUCUACUCCUUGGUGCCCCCGGGACUACAUGUCUGCCUUUGCUUUUAUCCCGCGCUACCUCGAAGUGAACCAGAACAUCUGUGCCGCCGUGUACUUGCGUCACCCCGUGGCUCGUCCUGGUCUUGCUGAGGUGCCCUCUCCGUUCGGCGAGACUGUCAGUACCCCAGCUUACGGCUGGUAUCUGAAGAGACGGUGGUAG